UGAUACUCAAAUCUAACCAUCAACAGAGUAGCUUCACACUACUAAACCCUAAAAUGGUAUUCAUAAAGGCUUUUGUUGUACUCUUGGUUGUGCUGGUUGUACAUGCAAAAGCUAUAGACGUAGCACAACUAAGGCGUAUUGCAGCCAAGAACAAUGUGUCCUGCAUUUACGUGUUUGGUGACUCUAGUGUCGAUCCUGGUAACAACAAUAACCUUAUGACGGACCUAAAGGUUAACUUCUUGCCUUACGGUAAAGACUUCUACGACGGUCGACCCACCGGUCGGUUUACUAACGGAAGACUUGCCACUGAUCUCAUUGCGGAUGCAUUGGGUCACACGAAAGCUAUACCCGCAUAUCUUGAUCCAAAUUUGACGAAUGCGAAACUUGUUAAGGGUAUUAGUUUUGCAUCAGGCGGUUCUGGUUACGAUGAUCUUACAGCGCAGCUCUCGAAUGUGAUAUCACUAUCAAAGCAACUGGAGUAUUUUCGGGAAUACAAGGCAAGGCUAGGAAGGGUGGUGGGAAAGAAAAGAGGUCGAAAAAUCGUCACAAAUAGUGUGUUUUUACUGAGCAUGGGUACUAAUGACUUCCUACAAAACUAUUAUGUGGAGCCUACACGUUCUAAGCAAUUCACCAUAGACAAGUAUCAAGAUUUCUUGAUUUCUGCCAUGACCAAAUACAUCAAGGUAAUGCAUGCUGAAGGAGCAACGCGAUUGGCGGUGGUGGGAAUGGAACCAUUUGGAUGCUCUCCACUCAUUAGAGCGCUGAGAGGCACAGUCAAGUGCGAUGAUGAGUACAACAACGCGGCUCUUUCCUUUAACUCCAAGAUUAAAUCCCUCAUGGCUACCCUUGGACCAUCAUUAGCGAUGAAAAUUUUCUACGUAGACAUUUAUGGACUCAUACAGGACACGAUUCAAAACCCGAAAAAAUAUGGUUUUGUGGAGACAUCAAAGGGCUGUUGUGGAUCAGGAUUAGACUAUGGGCAAGGCUGUAAAGGUUUGCCUACUUGUGCUAACAGAAGCAAAUAUGUUUACUGGGAUGCUGUUCAUUUUACUGAGGAAAUGUAUAAAAUUAUAUCUGAAGAAGCCCUCAAAUCUCUUAUGAAGACUCUUGCCUAAUUUCGCUACAAACCCCCUCUAUAUAUAAUAUAUAUGUAUUUAGUCAGAAUUAUGGUUGUGUAGCUUUCGUUGUAGUGUAUGUAAUGAUGAUAUGUUAAAUAAUGUAGUGGAUUAUGCUCUUGCCUUGUGCG